GAAUGAGAUUAAAACUGUGUCAGUUGCAAAAGGUUCCAAAAUUCCUGUAACAGAAAAUAUUUUUUCAACCGUUCAACUACGCCAACGUAUUGUCAUAGGUUUGGUUGAGACAGGUACUUACACAAUAAAUUACAAAUACAUAAGAGUUUCUACAUUUAUACUUAAUUUUGGUUACAGACUCAAUUAGUGGAAAAUAUUCCAAGAACCCAUUCAACUUUGCUAACUUCAACCUGUCACGUUUUGUUGUCUCGAUUAAUAAUGUUCCUCUAGAAUAUCGUUCCUUGAACUUGACUUUCUCUACACGGUACUUGUUAGCUUAUCAAAGUUUUAUAGAUGGUUUGAGUCUGGAAAACAAGACCAUCGGGAUAGACCGCUCUAGUUUUGCCGACGGAAACACGUUAUUUGCUUUCCAACUACAGAGUUUCCAGAGUGAGACUAGUUUUUAUCCUACUAACGGUACAUUUAAACUCGAAUUAGACUUUUCUCAAGAACUUUCAGCUGCUGUUACUGUUAUAAUUUUAUCACAGACUCAGAAUCUCUUGACUAUUAAUAAGUAUAGGGAAGUAGAAAUUGAGAAUCAAGGACUUUUACGAUAAAAUGAAUAGUAAUCAAAUGUACAGUGCUUUGAAAUUAAUUGUCAAACCUUAUAAAAUUACUGUCUUUGGUGUGGUAUCAUCUGAUGAACUAGAACGUGAAUUACUUAAGUCUACUAUUUAUCCUAAAAUUUUUAUUUGCAACGUGCUACCGAGUACCUCAAAAAUUGUAAUGGGACACUGGAUUCUCAUAUAUGCCAUGAAUGAACAUAAAAUAGAAGUAUUUGAUAGUUUUGGAAAAGGUUUAGUAUUUUACAGUAAAAAAUAUUUUAAUUGUAUACUAGAAAAUCAUCCGAUUCAGAAUAGACGUUCUAUUCAAAACUGGGAUAGUAAUGUUUGUGGUAUGUACUGUCUCUAUUUCAUUUUUCACCGACUGCGUAGAGUAUCAAUGUCUCACCUUAUGAAAAUAUUUGAUCGAAAUACAUUAAAAAAUGAUCAGAUUGUGAUUGCAUUUUAUGCAACUUUGAAACGCAAGCUUUGUACUAAAUUUAAAUGUACUCAGACUAGUUGUUCUCGAAGGAAAUUCUUGUGUAAAAAUAUUAUAUAUUGUAAGUAGUUCAUUUAUUUAUGUAAAUACUGGUUUCUCAUAAUUUUUUUAAUAGUAUCGUGUAGUAUAGUAUUUAUUUAUUGAUAUACGGUCUGCAGCCCUCAUCAAUGAUUAUUACAAAAAGUAUUACACAUGAUUUCUGUAAUAAAGUUGUAUUAAAAUCAAAUUUGUGUAAAAUAUAUUUAUUUAUCAUGACUGAGAUGAUUUGUUGGGGGAAAGUGAGCAUUACUUAUAUUAACACCGCGAUUUACUCACACAAACACUCACUUUUGUUGUGAGUUCUCGAGUUCUUUCUUUGUUCCUCUCGCUUUUUUUUAAAAUGCGGCUUUUUCUUCUUCUUCUAGUGUUUGGAUUUACUUUCGGUUGCCCGGUGACCAAGUCUUGUCUUGUGUGUGUGCGUGCCGGGUGUUUCUUCUCGUCCUUGGGGUGCACCCCCUCCCGCCCUACAAACACCUCGUUUGUCCCUCCGUCUGGUCGGUGUGACCCUCCUCCCCCAAUCACCCCAACACCAGCAACAACAGUUCCAACAUUCCCCACCCCUUCACCUCAGACUGCGCCUGGAUCAGUGUCUGUUAUUGUCAUCAUAACCGCAGCAACAACAAUCAUCAUCGUCAUGAUCGUUGGAGGAAUGGCGGUGGUGACGGUGAAAGCAAUUGGUCGUCGUCGUCGCCGCAACCGACCCGUACCGUACGUUGGGUUUUUGAACGAGGAGGAGGAAGUCCAAAUAAUCAACCUGUCCCCCGCACGUCUCGCCAUCGACACCUCGAUUGCCACGAACCGACUGGAGACGGGUCGUGGCACAGGCCACUAAAUAUUUUUAGUGAUGGUGGUGUUGUUUUUUUUGUGUGUGUAUGUGUGUGUAUGUGUGUGAAUGUUUUUUUUUUAAUUUGAUUUUCUAGGAUGAAUG